UCUCUCUUUCUUAAUACAAUGAACAUUCAUUCUUAUUGUUUAGAAUCAAGCUACUCUCAAGCCAUUGAGGGGUUUCCAGAACUGGAAAUUGCUCAAUUUAAGCCUAUUGUUGGCCAUCAACAUGAUGCAUUGCAUGUCUUGCUAACAAGUUCAAAGAAAGAUUUGAUCUCAAAUGCUUCAAAAUAUAUUCUACAGAACAAUCCAGUCAAAUCCAUCUUGACAAUUGAUUCAGUCAACAUGAAAGCACUCUUUCAUACGGAAAUUAAAGUAUCAUUAACUCGGAUCGCACAGCAAUACAACAUCAAGAUCAAAGUAAAUAGUUCUAGUCUUUCUUCAAACCCCAAGAUAUGUUUGUUGGGAUCCAUUGAUGCCAUUGAGUCUGCCCGUAUCCGUGUUCUUGUGAUGUUGGAUCAAUUGUCUGGCUUACAUGUUGAGAAAUUAGAUCAGAUCCCUUACUAUCUUCACAACCUCAUUGCUGGCAGAAAACAUGUCCAACUACAGUCAAUUAUGGAAGAAACAUCCACCAACAUUUACUUACAAUCACCAUUCAGUCAUGUUUGUACCGAGAAAGAGAUGCAACAGGGUAUUGUCUAUUUGACUGGCGAGUCGAUGCCCGGAUUAAACAGAGCCAGAGAUCUUUUAGUUAAACUAUCCGCACAAAAACUUAAAUCCUUAUAUCAUAAAGACUCAACCAUGGAUACACGAAAGAUUGACUGGAUAUUGUUAUACAAGCGAUCUCAAUUAAGAAAAAUUAUGAUAGAUAAUGGAUCCUUCUUUUCUUUUCCGGCACUAGGGGCAGGCAGUAACUUUGUUUCUAUUUAUGCCGAGAAUAGAGUUAAUGUUGAGCGAUCUAUUCGUUUAUUAAAUUAUUUGAUAUCCACUCUUUAUGAGGCUUCGUUUGAUUUAACUGGAAGUUUAAAAAACAUUGAUUUAUCUGCUUGUUUAUCUCAAAUAUCUCAAGAAACCAAUGCUUAUGUUACUUUUGAUGCUGAGAAUCACAAGAUUAGCCUGUUUGGUAUAGAAAAGCAAGUCAAAAGUGCUUACCAAUCACUUGCUGAAUUACACUUUUUUAAGGAAAAGCAUACAUUUGCUACUUUCUGUUUGGAACUAGCGACUGACCAACUUGAAUUUAUCAGUGGAAAAAAGAACGGCAAGAUCAAUAAGAUCAUGAAGACCUGCACUGUCAAUAUCCGGUUUAAAGCAACCAACGAAUACAACUCAUGCAUCAUUGUCGAAAGUUCCAAUCAUGCCAACGCCUUUGAAGGGCUUACCUUACUCCAAGACGAAUUACCAGCAGAGACCUCCUUUUAUGUGCCUGAAAUUUAUCAUCGCCGCAUCAUUGGCGUAGCUGGCAAAAAUAUUCAAAAAGUCAUGAAAAAGUACGGUGUCUAUGUUAAGUUCUCUGGUGCAGAAGAGUUUUCUUCUUUGGGUGGAUACUUUGAAAACGAAGACAAUGUCGUUGCUCGUACGCCCAUGAAGAACCAGAUAAAUCUGGAGAACCUGAAACAGACUGUCACUGAAUUCAUUGGGUUUCAAAGAGACAGAGAUUUUGUCAGUACAUGGGUGAAUGUUCCAUAUGCUAUGCAAAGAACAAUCUUACAUCAAUUUGGUAGUCAAUUGCGAGAAAUGUGUCGCACAAACAAUGCAAAGAUGUGGUGGCCGGAACGUCUUGGUACAAACCAAGUAGUGAUUUAUGGACCUCAAACACAAUUACCUACUAUCGCUUCAUUUUUAUCUUCAGUUGUCAAGAUGGAAGAGCAUGUAGUCAUUGCUCACACAAAUGACCUUGAGGCGUUUUUGCUAGACAAAUCUUCUGGCAAAAUUCGAAAAAAUAUAGCCAAAGUAACCAGUUCUGUUUCUUUAGAGGAUAUUGCGAUCUUGGACCAGUUUAACCAUAGAGACGAAUGGCUUGAAUUUGCUUGGAUAAAGGAUACUAAAGACAAGAUCAUCGUACUUCGUUUGUCCUACUGUCCUUCAUCUAAGGAAGAUUUAAAGAAAGCAAAAGAGGCGAUUCAAGACAUGAUUGAAUCCAAGCAUUUGCCAUUUACAGAGCCUGUUUUUACUGACAAACCAUGCACUCAAACAAAAGAAUCGAAUCAGUCACCAAAAGACGCAGUAGUAAAGAAAGACGCAUCAACAUGUUUGUCAUCAGCAGAUAUGGAGCCUAUACAUCAUCCACUUGACAUGCCAGUGAUGAAAUCGUUCUCAGUUGCUUCAAACUCAUUACUAUCAGCACCUUUCCCAAGUGGAAAGAACAUCUGGUCAUCGCCUGAAACACAACCGAACAAUAUGAUUUUACCAACGAUACACAUGAGACCAAUUGAGUUGUAUCAUUCGUUCUCUAUACCCCAUCAACAACAUAUGUUUAGCCAUACUAUGGGACCUUUGUUUCAGCAAUCAGAACAACCAAAGAGAACUAGAUCCAGUGUACCUACAAUUGGUACAAAACAUCAUAGCCAACAACAGCAUCACCAUAAUUCAUGGCCCGAUAUAUUCUCAGGCAGUCGCGAUCUCUUUGAUACAUUGCCUUCCCGGAGAGCAUCCUCAGCAAAUGCAACACAAUAUGCAUUUGAGCAUUAUCCAAAUACGAGUACAUCGCUUUCUUUUCAUCAACAAAACAACAGUAAGUUGGAUCAAACAAAAGCCAUUAUUUAUCGCGUUUAUUAGUGUAUCAUUCACCUUUUGUCUAUCCCAAUGCUACAAUAGCUUCCAAUACAUCUCAAUUUCAACGCCGCCGUCAAGAUUCCUUGGGAUUCAAAAUUUAGGGUUCCAUCAAUCUAUACCCCAUUCAUUUAUUGUGUAAUUAAACUCCCCAUUAAAUGGGAAAAGAGAAAUUUUUAUUGUGUUAUCCGAAUAAAGAGCUGUCAAAAUGCCU